AUGGGAUCCGAAACGAAGUGUGAGCUUGGCGUGGCAGAUUUCAGCGAUGAGAACAUGAAACCUGGUUCAAAGGAAUGGGUUUCUACGUGUCGGGUCGUGCGUCGUGGACUGGAACAGCAUGGCUGUUUCAUUGUACUCUACGACAAAGUGGGUCAAGAGCUCUGCAACUCAAUGAUAUCUACGAUGGAUCAGCUGUUUCAUCUCCCUUCAGAAACCAAGAUGCAAGAGACCAGCCCCAAGAUUUUCCAUGGCUAUUAUGGCCAAUAUUCGUUGCUUCCUCUCUAUGAAUCUCUGGGCAUCGACCAUCCUCUUACUAUGGAAGGAAUCCAAAACUUCGCUCACAUCAUGUGGCCUCAGGGAAACGAUCGUUUCUGUGAAAUAGUGAAAGAGUAUGCAAAGGUGGCGGGAGAAGUAGACCGUUUGGUGUACAGAAUGGUGUUUGAGAGCUACGGUCUGGACCAGGAUCGAUGCGAUUCUUUCGUGGAAUCAAACAACCAUCUGCUUCGAUGCUUCAAGUACAGAAAACGAGAGAUCCAUGAGGCAGAUUUGGGAAUUCAUGCUCACACCGACAUGAGUCUGUUAACUAUUCUGCAUCAGCUUAAUUUCGAUGGCUAGGAAGUGAAACCC